UCCAACAGUUUCAGAGCAGAAGAAGAGACAGAGAACCACGAUGGAGGGGAAUAAAUGGAUUUACAUUUUUGGUUUUCUUACAGUUCUGCUUCAAUUCGCUGCCAGAGCAGAUGGAAUUAAAGAUCUUUACAUCACAGCCAGAGUUGGAGAUGACGCCACUUUGACUUGUGAAAACGUCCUUAGAGACCAGCCUAACUGUAGCAGUACUACAUGGACAGACAGCUUUAAAAAUCCAGCAGAAGAGCUGGUUAAACACGGGCAGAUCAAGAGGCCUGGAUCUAAAUCAGACAGACUGGCUGUUAGAGAGGACUGCUCUCUGGUUAUAAAGAAGGUCACACAUGAAGAUGUUGGUCGUUACAGCUGUCAGCAGUACACAUCAGGAGGGAAACAUGGCGACGACGCUCAGGUUGACCUGUCUGUUCUGACCAUGACUGAAAUUAGCAAAAAGCCAAAGCAAUUACGCUGCCAUGUGAUAUCUAACCAAUGCAUACACAAGGUGAAGUGGCUUUAUAAGCAUACGGAUGUGAAACAGAUGACAACACAGACUCACUGCUUCACUGAUUUAACCCUUGAGCCUCAUCAUAACAUCGACUCACUGCAGUGUGAAGUGACUGGUGAUAACAACCGUCAGCUGUUCCCCUUCAGACCUCCGUCUUCAGGGGACAAACCAGACAAUGGCAAUGGAAAUACAAAAUCAACAGCAAAAAAAGGACGAACUGCAAAACCAACAGAGAAAAACGCGACACCAGGAACAAAAACAACACCAGCAUCUGGAAAUGAUGAGUCUUCAACAACAGGACAUGGCAAUGGAAGCAAAAAAUCAACAACACAAACAUCAACUACACAGUCAACGGAGAAAAACACGACACCAGGGACAACGACGACACCAGCAUCUGGAAAUGAGAAAUCUUCAACAACAGGAGAUGCUCUUCCACUUUGGCUGUGGUUGGUCAUCAUCCUGGCUGGUGUGGCUUUAAUCACACUUCUCAUUGUUGUUGUGAAAACCAUCAGAUGGAAAAGAACUGAAGGGAACAGAGCAGAGAUGACCGACAAUGCUGCUGAUCCUGAAGAUGGUAUCACCUAUGCCUCCAUCAGCUACACCAGGAAGAAGAAAAAUAAAAAUGAGGCUCAGGGUAAAGAUGAUGAUGAUGAUGGAACAGUGACGUACGCCACCGUGAAAAUGACUCCUUCUUCUUCUGCUGGUGUUACAGCGUCAGCUGAUCCCAGCACCGUCUACACCACUGUUAACAGAUCACAGAGCUAA